UUCCUUCAACCCCCCUGCCCCUGCCUCACCCUGCCUCACCCCGCCUCACCCCUCCACCCCCCACAAUGCUAUCUCUGGCUAUUCUUAGGCUGUCACUUCAGCUCCUCUGAGCAGAGGCUACUCGGCGCAGGCCCUUCCUCCCAUUCCUCCAGCAGCUGUGGGGUUUUUUAAAUUUUCAAAUUUGGUUUAAUCGCCGUCGUCCAUUUCGGAGGAUCAUUUAGUCGUCUGGAAGAAUGAGCACCUACACUGUGUCGCUGCCCGGCCCCGGCCCCUGGGGCUUCAGGCUGCAGGGGGGGAAGGACUUCAACAUGCCGCUGACUAUCUCGAGGAUCACUCCCGGCAGCAAGGCGGCGCAGGGCAACCUGGUCCAGGGUGAUGUCAUCGUCGCCAUUGAUGGCGUUGGAACUGACGGGAUGACUCACCUGGAGGCUCAGAACAAGAUCAAGAUGGCCAACUACAACCUGGCGCUCACCAUGACAAAGGCGAAGCGUCCCAUCAUGAUGCCACCGCCAAGAAUCGACGCCACUAUUCCCUUGAUCCCUCACCAACAGGUUUUCCCCCCCGCUGCUCCCAACCCAGGAUUCAACCCCGCCGCCCUCCCCACCCAUAAGCCCAUAGAGGUGAAGGGCCCCGGCGGCAAAGCCACCAUCAUCCACGCCCAGUACAACACCCCCAUUAGCAUGUACUCGCAGGACUCCAUCAUGGACGCCAUCGCAGGGCAGACGCAGGGGAAGGGGCAUGAAGUUGGCCCUACUGAGCAUGUUCCAGCUUCUGCCGACUCAACCCUCGCCGCUCUGCAGCCUCUGGACCCCGCCCCCGCUUCACCUGGCCCCGACCCUCACAGCCAAUACGGUCAACCUCCUGCUAUGCAUCACGCUCCACAAGCCCCGCCUCCUCAGCAGUAUCAGCAGCCAAUCCCGCAGCAGUAUCAGCAGCCAAUGCCACAGCAGUAUCAGCAGCCAGUCCAUCAGCCAUACCAGCAGCAAGUCCCACAGCAGUACCAUCAGCCUCCCGCACAACAGGCCCCGCCCACUCAACAGAGCUCCAUUCAGAUCCCUCUUGGCUCCGCCCCUUCCAAGGUGGUCAGCACCGCCUGCAUCUACCCCUCCCAGCCAGCCUCAGCUCCUGCUCAUGCUCCUGCUCCACCUCAGCCCCGCCCUCCAGCUGCUGCCCCGGCCCCAGCUCCAGCUGGUCCUGCCUCCUCUAAUCGACCCCCCUGGGUGGCCGACACCAACUUCGCCAACAAGUACGACCCCAGUAAGACGACCACCACUACCAUAAAGAUGCAGCCGCUGCCCCAGGCUGCCCCUCCUCCACCAGCAUACAUCCCCAACCCCUCCUCCGCCACCCCUGCAGCUCCCAGCCCCGCCCCUGUCACACCAAGCCCUGCCCCAUUCUCACCUGUGGCGAGGGGCGUGGCUCAAAGGGCGGAGAGGUUCGCCGCUAGCAGCCGUACACCUCUGUGUGGGGCCUGCAACAGCGUCAUCAGGGGCCCUUUCCUGGUGGCCCUUGGCCGGUCCUGGCACCCUGAGGAAUUUAACUGUCACUACUGCCACAUGUCUCUGGCUGACGUGAGCUUCGUGGAGGAGCAGAACAACGUCUACUGUGAGAACUGCUACGAGGAGUUCUUCGCUCCCACCUGCGCCCGCUGCAACACCAAGAUCAUGGGGGAAGUGAUGCAUGCCCUGCGGCAGACAUGGCACACCACCUGCUUCGUGUGUGCGGCCUGCGGCAAAGCCUUUGGAAACAGCCUCUUCCACAUGGAGGAUGGAGAGCCAUACUGCGAGAAAGAUUACAUCGCACUCUUCAGCACUAAGUGUCAUGGCUGCGACUUCCCGGUUGAAGCUGGUGAUAAGUUCAUUGAGGCUCUGGGUCACACCUGGCACGACACCUGCUUCGUCUGUGCGGUUUGCCAUGUGAACCUCGAGGGCCAGCCUUUCUACUCAAAGAAAGACAAACCUCUGUGCAAGAAGCACGCUCACGCCAUCAACGUGUAGACCAACCGAGGGCAACACUGCCAGCCACAACGAGCGAGCACAUGCCGACGACUUUUACAAGAUGUGUGUAAAUGCUCUUUAUGCAAAAUACACUUUGUUUUUUUCUUUUUGUGCAUUAAUAUUAACAAUGAAAACAAUGCUGCCUGAUGAUCUUGCUUCACUACAGAAACAGAAACUAAGUCAUGAUGUUUUCUGUUGUCAGUCCAACCCAAUUUAUUAUGUACUUUUAUUUUUCUUGUGUUUUCUACCAGAAACUACUUGAGUGUUCGAUGUGACCGCUGUGUUGUUCAGACAUAGGAGUUUUAUAUGGAGUCUCAAGUGUGCCAAAUGAAAUAGCUAUUUAUAUUCUUAUCAGUUAAUAAAAUAAUAAUAUAAAAUAAAUAACUGUUACUAAAGUUAUAAUGCAACAAAUAAUUAAAAUAAAGAGCUCAUUACAUUUAAUGUUAAUAAUUUGAAUUUAAUUUGAUAAUAACAAUUUGACAAUCUUAAUUUAAUUUAAGUUAUUUGUAGCUUGUAUUGCACCUCAUUUGUACGUCACUUUGACAAAAAAGCCAAAUUAAUGAAUGUAAAUUUUAAUCAUUCACUUUAUGAAAUAAAGUAAUGUUAAAAUGCAUAAUUUAAAAAAAGUCAAUUCAAUUUUUUAAUUAAAUUACUACGUCAUUUUUUAAAGUAAAAAUAAGGAAACUGAAUUAUAACUAGCCAUGUUUUUUUUUUUAAUCAUAAUUUGAUUAUUUAUUUAUUUUUACUUUGAGUUCUUUUUUUGUUUCCAACUAAAUUUUAAAUUAAUUUCUUUCUUUUUUUAUAUAUAAAAUAAUCCAGACGCAUACUCGAGACUCCAUUAGUUUGAACUGCUGCACAGCCGUAUUUUGUCUCCAGAAUAUUGUUCUCAUCAUAUCUUGGACUUGUCUUGGUAUUGUGCCUAUUUUGAUCUCAACUUGUGUAGGUUUUUUGAAUGCUUUUUUUCACUUAACUAAACUAACAAUUAUAUUUUAUUAAUGUUUGGUUCAGCACUACAAUGUAAAAUAGAAACCACAGACUGUAGAGAAACAAAAUGUCCUCACACUUUAAUUCAUUGUUUAUUCAGAGCAGCAGCAGCAGCAGCAUUUUUAUAUUAAAAAAAAGUUUUUUUCCUGGUUUUGACAAGAGCAUGGCUGUCUCUCAGUGCCAGUGCAGUCUUGAAACUAGUCUUGGACCCGGUCUGGGCUCAGACUCAGGCAGACGUCACACUGCAGCUGUGUGACAGUGAACUGAACAACAGAGCAGCCCAUGAAGAAGCCUUAUCUGAACUGUGUCUGACACGUUGUUAGAAGUGAGACAGUGAAUGUAACACGACCAGGUGACACUUUCCACUGGCCUCAUGCAAGCAGGUUCACCUGUGUGGUUGAAUAUGAGUAAACAAAAAAAUUACUUGAAACAAAUAUGAAGACACAAAAAAACCACAAAGAGAUGCAAAAGAAAUACAAAGAGACGUACAACGACUACAUCUACAUAGAGAUGCAAAAUGACCACAAAGAGAUGUAAAUGACUACAAAGAAAUGUAAAACGACCACUAAGAUACAAUAAAACAAUUUAAAAGAAAUGCAGCCAUACAGAGACACAAAACAACCAAAAACAGAUAUACAACUAUAAAGAGACAGAAAUGACUACAUGGAAACACACAGAGACACAAAACAACUACAUAGAGACACAAAACGACCAUAAAGAGACAUAAAAUGACUACAUAGAGACACAAAACGACCACACAGAGACACAAAACGACCACAAAAAGACACAAAACAACUACAUAGAGACACAAAACAACCACUAAGAGACACAAAGUGACUACAUAGAGACACAAAACGACCACAUAGAGACAUAAAACGACCACACAGAGACACAAAAUGACCACAAAAAGACACAAAACGACCACAUAGAGACACAAAACGACCACUAAGAGACAAAAAAUUACCUCAGAGACACAAAAUGGCUGGAAAGAGACACAAAAUGACUACAUAGAGACAAAAAAUGACAACAUGGAGACACAAAACGACUACAUAGAGACACAAAACAACUACAUAGAGAAACAAAACGACUACAUAGAGACAAAACGACCAUUAAGAGACACAAAACGACCACAUAUAGACACAAAACAACUACAUAGAGAAACAAAACGACCACAUAGAGACAAAACGACCACAUAGAGACAAAACGACCAUUAAGAGACACAAAACGACCACAAGGAGACACAAAAUGACUGCAAAGAGACACAAAAUGACUACAUAGUCACAAAACGACCACAUAGAGACAAAACGACCACAUAGACACAAAACGACUACAUAGACAAGAAACGACAUCAUAGAGACAAAAAAUGACCACAUAGACACAAAACAACUACAUAGACAUAAAACGACCACGAAGAGACACAAAACGACCACUAAGAGACAAAAAAUGACCUCAGAGACACAAAAUGGCUGCAAAGAGACACAAAAUGACUACAUAGAGACACAAAACGACCACAUAGAGAAACAAAACGACCACAUAGAGACAAAACAACCAUUAAGAGACACAAAACGACCACAAGAAGACACAAAAUGACUGCAAAGAGACACAAAAUGACUACAUAGACACAAAACGACCACAUAGAGACAAAACGACCAUUAAGAGACACAAAACGACCACAAGGAAACACAAAAUGACUGCAAAGAGACACAAAAUGACUACACAGACACAAAACGACCAUUAAGAAACACAAAAUGGCCACAAAGAGACACAAAAUGACUACAUAGAGACCCCAAAUGACCUUCAGACAUAUUCAGACAAAUGCUAUCUGGACCUACUUCCUGCUCUCACACAGUACUUGAGCGUAUUUGUUUUUCCAGGUGAACCUGCAGGUGAGGCUGCUGCAGAGUGUUGAUAGUGUCUGAUGAUAUGAUGUGGAGUGUAACUACUAAUCCCUCUGUGACUUCACAUACAGUAGGCGUUACUGUGCAACAAUUAACCUUGAAUUUCAUAUUUAUUGACUGUUCUGACUGUGUGAUAUUUAUUUAAAAGCUAAUAUAUAUCAUCACUGCUGCGUUCAGUGCUUGACAGAUUAUUAGUUAUUCAAUUUGUUUUGUGGAUGUUUCGCAUCACGAGAUGUAUUUUGAGUGUUAAUGGGUUCUUUUUUUGUUUGUAAUUAUUCUGUUAAUGUUUGUUGUCCUGAACUUUUAGAGCUUGAAUGUUUAUGAUGGUGGCGUUUUUUCACCAGAGGCCACUUUACUGCUCCGUUCACACUGCCGACCUUUACACUGUUUCCUUUAAUGACUAUUGCAGAUACGAUGAAGAUGUUUUUUUAUUUUCUUUUAUCUUGUGCACACAAGAUCUAAAACAAUAUAAUAUCUAGGGCAUCCGAGGCUCCAUAUGGAUGUUUGUGUCCACCUGAAGUACAAUAUUCACUAUCUUUUAGCUCUGUUUUUGGUCUCCACCGACUCCUGUGGGAAAUAUCUGUCUCUUUAGCUGCUAAAUGCUCCUCUAUGUUCACCAGGUAUUCUCUAACUGUGUCUGUCUGCUGCUGAGCAGGUUGUGUGCAAAGGCUUUUUACAGCCUUUUCUUAGACAAUGACGCUUUGAGAGGAGCUCAUCGCCCUGGUGUUUGAGAGUGCCCGCCGCACAACUACCUUGAAAACGGGCGCAAAAAAACAUGGCAUGUGUACGGCCCCUAAAAUCACACACCGGAGUGGAAUGAUGCCACCGUUUUUGGGUCUGUGUGAAAAUGCAAGGGACUUCGUAGCGGCCCUGUGGCGCCAUCUAUGUGUAAAAAGGUGGAACAACGAUGUAGUUUCCUAGCAACUGAAAGAUGCCUUAAAACUGUCGAAAGCUUUGCUCACACCAAACGCGAUGUGAAUAUUCAUGUUGCGUUACUCACGUGAGUUUGAACGCUAGAAUAUUUUGUGUUGACUUGUUUCACAGCGCGAAUAACUCGCAUCGUACGCAUGUGAAAUUGCUGAAUCGGUGAAUGCGCUUCCGCAGGUACGACCUCGGCGUCAUAUGUCGCCAGAGGAUCUCAAUGCUGAUUGGCUAUCGCGGUGCAAAUUGGUCGCUUGAGUUCAGGUUUUUCAAAUCUCGCAAAUAAGUGUAUGACGCAAAAUCGCGCCACUUGCUUCACACGUGCCACUUAAUUCGCGACAUGUCCAGCGCGCCGGCCAGCGGGAUUCCCAUCUAAUCGCGUCUUUACGUUGACUUUACGGUACGUGUCACUUGCGCAAGUUGUUUUUGCGCCUGGUGUGAACACAACAUAAUUUUUUUAGCAUUUGAUCGCUAUUAGAGGAGCAGCUCAACAAACUGCAAAAUAAAACCUGAUCCAUUUCAGAUCCCUUCCUAUGUUUGCUCCAGGUGCGUUCAAUGACGCUCCGUUAACGAUAAACACAAUAAAUCAAAGCAUACGUUCACUCCUAUCUUACAGAGUGAUUUUGAAGUGUCAGGCCUGAUGUUUCCGCAGUGUGGACGGAGCUCAGAUACACUGAAUACAUGAUUUAGAGCAGAAGACUUUUGGGUUUGUGUUUUUCAGAUGAACUUAAAAAUGACUUUGACACAAGUUUCUGUGGGGAACGUUAACUGCUGAGACUCCCUGCAGCGUAUUGUGCCUUGAUCCGUCUGUCUGACUGGCACACACACACUCGGCCAGUCGUGAUGAGUCUGUGUGCUGGUGUACAGUUUUUACUUUGAAUAUUUUAUACAGUUUGCGUGUUUUCCAGAGGGUGAAUGUGUGCAUGCAGAACGUUUGUCACAGUUUGUUACAGCAUGUGGAACGAGGCAGCGUCAGCAUUAGUUAGCGUUGGUGUCACUGCGUCACUGUUUAACAUUAUUCAGAGUGUUUGAACUGGUUUUGGUGUCAAUGAGCUGUAAGUGAAACAUUAUUAAUGUCACAUUAUGAAGGAUGGAAAGAAGCUGAAGUCACGUUAAGACUCUCCUGGUUGUUGGAGGUUCAGCUGCUUUACAUUUGUCUAACAGGUUUUAAUAUUUGACGAAUAUAUGUGUUGCAAGUUGAAUAAAUUGAGCACUUCAAACACGUGAAAA